UCACCAAGGCAUGAAAGACAUAUUUGGUUGGCGCCAUUUUGUAUAUUUUGUAGUGGAUGUAGUUCACUGAUUUCAGCUGGAAUUUUGUCAUAUUUCUCCAUUAUGGCUGUGGAAGGUGGUUACCUAACUGAACUUCUAACCGAAAAGGACAACUUAGAUCCAUCCUUCGUACAUUCAAUGCGCUUGUUAACCGAAGAAAUCAAUAAAGUACAAACUGGGGGAGCACUACCAGCAGUGCAAGCAUUAAAAAAACCCAAAAUUGAGAAAACAACCAAUGGAAAUACUUUAUCACCUGUGUCAGAGAAUGUACCUCCCAGCAGCCAAGUACCUGCAGCUGAAAGCCCAGAGGUGCCAGUGGCUACCAGACCUCCCCCUCAGACGCAUCACUUCCGUAGACCUGCAGAUGUCUUUGACAGUAAGCUUUAUCAGCCCACUAAAUUGAUGGAAAAGGUCUUUAUUCCAGUAAAAGAAUACCCCAAGUUUAACUUUGUUGGAAAGUUGCUUGGUCCAAGAGGUAACACCUUUAAGCGUCUUCAAGCUAGUACUGGCACCAAGAUGUCAAUUCUGGGCAAAGGUUCUAUGAGAGAUAAGGAAAAGGAGGAAGAGCUGAGAAGUUCUGGUGAUGCAAAAUAUGCACACCUUGAUGAAGAUCUCCAUGUGCUUAUUGAAGUUGAAGCCCCCCCAGGCCAAGCUCAUGCCAGAUUAGGCCUAGCGAUUGAGGAGAUCAAGAAAUUUUUGGUACCUGAAAAUAACGAUGAAAUCCAUCAGGAACAGAUGAGAGAAAUGGCAAUACUUAAUGGCAUGGAGGAACCGGUUCCUGCUGCUGCUCCAGUUGCAGUUCCUGCACCUGUUCCUAGGGGACGCCCUCACCCCAGAGGAGUUCCACAUCACUUACACCACCCAGCUCAUCAUGGACGAGGAACCCCAGUUCCACGUACAACUGCCAUUGCAAGACCUAGAGGACCCGCUGUAGGACACGUGACUGUAUCAGCAGCACGCUCUGCUGCUGGACUAGGUCCGUCAUCACCAACCGUAGCUCAUGCUGCACCAAGAGCAGCCGCAGUCCCAGGGGAUCCAUAUGGAGCAGUGCACACACUUCCUGCAUCGGUUGGGGUACAACUGCUGACUACUGGAGAACAAGUGAUUGGCUAUGAGUCUUAUGAGCCAAGCUAUGAAUUUGAAGCAGCCUACCCGGAACAUGGUGAAGCAGUAUACUAUGAAUAUGGCCAGCCAGGAGAGGUUUUUGAUGCAACUUUUGCAGCUCCAACAAGAGUUCCUGCAAACUCAUCUGCAACUUUCAAGGCUCCACCAGCUCGUACUGUGAAGAAAAUUGUUCGUGAAGCAACAUACCCUUAUUGAAGCAGUUAACAAAUUAUAAUUAUUUUCUAUAGCUUCUGAUUUGAAAAGUGAAGCUUGCUGAUAGUGUUUUGAUAAAUUUCUCAGAAACCAUUAUGUAUGUUCACCACUUUUCUUUUUACAAGGAACUGGUGUUCAGGAUUUCACGUUCUUUCAGUGCAGAUAGUUUCAUAAGUUUGUUGCUAACUGUUGUAAAUCAUGUUAACUUUUCCCUAAGAUUAAUAGGAUAGAAUUUUGUAUGGAGCCUUCAGAUCACUCAAAUGGCCAUAAAUUUGAAAGCAUACAAUCAGUAUUCCAAACAUUAAAAACACUAAAAACAAUCCAAAAAAAACCUCUAGCUAAAGACUAACCAAGCAACAAUUUUGGUGUAGUUACCCAAAGUUGUCAUAAUGUUCCAAAUUUGUUUAUUAUUGAAAUCUAAUCAGAACAUGAAUGCAUUCUAGUAAUACUCAUGGUAAAUUUUCCCCAUAAACUUAAAGCUAGAGGCAAACGUAUAACUAAAUUUUUGUCAGCAACAUGCCCCUAAAUUUCAGACUUUCAAUUUCAGGGAUGUAUUUGUAAUGAUUAAAUGGUAUUAAACAUGUGCAUUACAGGGAUGAGUCUACAAACAUCCAAAACUGCAAAGCAUUGUUAACCACUUUAAAGGGUUAAAUAUGAUGUGGCUUAAUCUUUCUACCAUGUAUGUUAAAUCUAAACAGUUUAAUCUAUCUGUCAUUGAUGAACUCAAUAAAGUGAUAAACGUUGCUAAACAGUUUGUUUUUUUUUUUUUUAGUUUAGUUGUCCAUAACAGCCAAAAGUGACUAAAUUGACACUUAGAGUAUUGUUGUAAGUGUAAAGAUCAAAACUUAAUUAUGAACUUAACAGUGUUCUCACAACUUCUCUUAAACAAAAACAAGAAGCUCAUGUCCCUCAUCUAAACAUUCCCAAAACAUAUCUAAAGUUCCGCAAUAAAUACAUUUUUGAUGUGAUGAAUUGCUGUAAACUUUUAACUUUCAUAAUAGAGAAAUUUCAAUGUGAUAUAAAUAGUUUUGAAUAUGUGUUUUUGAGAGUUUUAUCUUAAUUAUUAUUUUUUUAACAUUCAGAUGUUUGUAUUUUUUUGGUUGUUGUUGUAAUUUUGAGAUCAGUUUGCUUUCUCUUCUUUUCAUCUAACCUCUUCACUGAUGCGUGGUUUCUUCCUUAAAGAUUUUCUAAAAUAAUUUAAUGUUGGGUUCCUAAAUUCUAACCCUGCAGUAGAACAUUCAUGAAUUGACAAUGUAUCUAAUGAAGGCAUCCAUUUAAAUGGAAUAUUUUUUGAUGAAAUAUCCACACCGAAAAAGUUUGAUAACUGUAUUUUCACAUAAAUGAUGCUUUUACAGCUAUUUUUUUUACAUACAGCAAAUUGCAUAUGUUUUGUAACUGCUUUCUAUAUAAUGUGUGUCCACAAAAAAUCUGCUUUUGAAGAUAGGUUUUCUAUUUCAUUUUCUUGUAUCUAUCAAUAAAAUGUUGGUUUUGUAGUCAACUGAACUGGCUAAUGCCUUGUGUUAAACUUUGUCUGUGUACAUUUGUUAUUUGAAAUCAUUCUGGGUAGCAAUGUUAAAAGUAUGUGAUUGUUUGAAUACUCUUCCUUCCUUCCUUGGGACAGAACAUUUUUGUUAUGUUUCAACAUUUGUUUCUUCAUGUAGUUGGAUGUUGGUCUGUUUCCAUGCAGGUGGUAGUAGAAGCAAGAAUUAAACUGUAAAAUAAAGACAAACAAGCCAGUCAUUUGUUUGAUUGACCAUGGUCAUGUACUUUACAUUGACUGUUGUUUUCCAACUUUUCAUCAAUAACCAGAUGUUGUUCAUUUGGUAUCAUGAUACCAUCAAUUUUACCUGGUAAAUGAUUUUUCUUAAAAGUGUCUAAGCAGAAGACCUUAGUGUUCAUCUUUGCUCUUGGAAUUCACACCUUAAUUCAAUCCAAGAGGAGUAAAAACAGUAAUCUGUAAGAAACCAUUGACUUAAUACUUAAUUUGUAUAGUUUUUAUAGCUCCUAAUUACCAGGCAAAAAACAAACAAACAAAAAUCCAUGUAAACGAGCAGCACUACUUAAAAACUUCACAGUAAUUCGAAGAAAUCAAGAUAAAUAUGGACUCAACAGUAAGCUUUUGAGAAUGCAAUGAUGCUCGAAGAAGACUUCAUUGAUGCUGGGUAAUAAUCUGAAAGUGAAACGUAGGAAAGUGAUUUUUCAGUGAUGAAUUUGGAUCAUUUCCAAAGUGAUACGAAUAAAGCCCCCCCGAAGACGACCUGAUAAAUGGAUCAAUUCAUGGAUUUUUAG